GCGAGUAGUGAGAGAAGACGAGUCGGAGACGCGUGUGCGCGCGUGCUCUCCACGCCAAUCACGCACCGGACGGAAAAGAGAGAUAAACACAUACGCAUUGACCGAGGUACCAUGAGGACGCUUGUGCAAUUGUGAUUUCGAGCUUGCGCUCUCUGCUUCAUUGUACUUACGGUCGACAGCACCUAUUCACUUUUUUUUCUGUCUUAUUCUCUCUCUCUCUCCUUGACCAAUGCAAUGCAAACUUGCAUUUACUCAAUUAUGCCGCUUAUCAUUCAGUCAGAACCCUCGCCGGAUAUACCUCCUAUCCUAUCUGGAUGAAUGCCCGAGAGUGCGCGCGCACAGAUUCAUAUUAAAUUUGCCAUACGUCGCGGGGAUUUUUGUUUACGUUACGCUAACUCAGCAUUUAUCUCGGCGAUUUCAAUUAGUUUGAACAUAAAACAGAAACAGAAAGGUAAAAACAAACCAAAAUCGAACGAGAGCAGGGGCUACUACAGUGAAAUAUUGGUUAUGCGUGGAGAGUCUCGGGAUAACGAAUGAGAAAUGACAACAAAAAUAUGUCUGCUUUGAAAUUUCGCUCUCAUUAGAAAACAUUUCAAAGGUCAAAUUAAUCGAAGUAUAAAAAGUUGGUUGAGUAGUGACAAUGAAGUAAUCGAAAAGUAGUUUGUAGAAAUAGCAAAGAAAUGUGGUGACAUUUUAAGAAGUGAUCAGGCGAGAAGUUAAUGUUCGAAUAAAAGAACAGCAUGAACAGUUUAAGAGAGUCAAAUAGAGUAGCGGUUGAAGAAACCAAAAUCUAAACAAACAAGACAAGAAGAAGACUGGAGCGCUUGCGCUGGUUGACGGUGUUAACAUAACACUUCAAGGAUAAUAGUCUCCACCCGGUGAAUUUCCUUUCAUUCGGGAAACGAGAAAGAAAGUAGCAGAGAGAGAGUGCUGUCUUGUAAAUCACGGUUGACGUCAAGAUAGAGAGAGAGAGAGAGAGAGUGCAGAAAGCGCAAAUGACUUAAAUGUAGUGCAGCAUCCAUCAGUGUUUAAGCAUCACACAGACGAAAAACUUGGUUAACAGAGUGAGAGAGGGCUUUGUGUGUGCAUAUAGGUAUAUAGGAAGAAAGUGGCAGCGCGAAUGAAGAAGAUCUGAGAUGACGCUCACACGGAGGAAAAGAGGCUCUGCGUGCACGAAUGAAAUAAGGCGUUUAGCGCGAAGAGGUGCCUCGGAUGGAUCGAUGGAGUGGCAACUCAAGCGAGAAAGUGCUAAAUUAGUGGGACGCUUCAAUUAAGAGAGAGAAAGAGAGAGAGAGAGAGAGAGCGUGGACCAGGGAGAAAGGGAAAGCUCGCGUGUUUUCCAGGAGAGCACGCCCACGCUUUGAUCCUACCGGCGGUGGCGGAACUCAGCCUCCCUCAUAAUGUAGAUCGAUCAGACGUUGGAUGGCAUUAGACAUGUUCUCCGUUGGAGAAAGACAGUAAUCCUCGAGAAUCGCGCUGGUCCAUCUCGAGCAUCGCAGCCCCACACAUGAGCGUUUUUUCCUGGAAACAGGGGGCGUGAUAGUGGAGAAAAAACCAUCAACUCACUGACGAUUUCAUCAGAAGGCGUAGAAGUGAAAGAAGAAAAACAUCUCGCGCAACGGCAGCAAAAGAUGGCAUCGGAUGACGAGCAGGCAAUAGUGUCUCUAAAGGCAGCAGCAGCAGCAGCGGCAAAAGCGGCAGCAGAAGCAGCAGGAGGAUCGAUCAAUCAAGCAUCAACCUAAUGAGAUCCGUCCCUCGGUAAUUCGAAUUUCCCGCCUGCUGCAGACGAAGAGAUGGAGAGUAUGGUGAGUGAAGUAGCAGCAGUAGCAGCAGCAUCGGUGACGAUACCUAGGCUCGCAUUUCAAAACGUCAGUGAUAGCGACAGUCUCGAGGAUGUCACUAGCAGCCUAGUCGAUUUGGAAUUCGGAUGGCUCAACGAGAACAACAACAAUGACAGUGAGACAUUGUUGCAGCUGGCCAAUAACAACAGCAACCGUUUGGCAACGAUCGAUGGCUACGGCUCUCUCUCGGAUCUAUUUGUCUUCGACGAUCUCAACGACUACAUCAACAAGUUGAACUACAGUGCUCUUGCCAAUCUCACCUCGUAUUAUGAUCUAAACGCGAGUUACGCCAAUGUCAGCUGCUCAAUUAACGCCACUUAUGGCAAUUACAGCGAGUGUGAAGACGCAGCGUCCAGUGCCAAAGUUGAUUACGCCAAGAACUGGUGGGCCAUGAUACUUGUGAUCGUGCCGUGUCUCACCAUUUUCGGAAAUGUCCUCGUCAUUAUGGCUGUGCGUAGGGAAAGAACGUUACAAACUGUUACGAAUUACUUUAUCGUCAGUCUUGCAGUGGCUGAUCUUCUCGUCGCCAUGGUUGUCAUGCCUUUUGCUGUUUACGUUCUGGUAUACGGUACUUGGACUUUGCCAGGUGUAGUUUGCGACUUUUACAUAGCAAUGGACGUCAUGUGUAGUACAAGCUCUAUUUUUAAUUUGGUGGCAAUAUCUGUAGAUAGAUACUUCGCGGUAACUCGGCCGAUAGAGUACUCAAAACACAACAGAAAUAACAAAAGAGUAUGGCUGACGAUAGUAUUAGUGUGGGUUGUGUCAGCGGCGAUCGGCAGUCCAAUUGUCCUCGGCCUCAACAACACCCCUAAUAGACAGCCUGACCUCUGUUUGUUCUAUCAUACAGAUUUUAUUAUUUAUUCUAGUCUAAGCAGUUUUUAUAUCCCAUGCAUUACAAUGGUCUUUCUCUAUUAUAGGAUAUUUAGUGCACUUCGCGAUAGGGAAAAAAAGAAACGUGCAAAUCGAAAAUCAAAUAUGGGAGAUAUGAAGUCUGGAUGUAUUAUAGAAAAUAUUGCGAAUACGCGGAGUGGGUAUUCUGUGGCAAGGUUCGCGGAAACGACACUUGGAGCUGCAGCUCUGGUUGCACCAGGCAUCGAGGAACCAACGAACACGGCCUCGGGUAGCAACGAGGAUGAGGAUGAGACGCCUCUUGAUCCGGUUGUCGUCAUCUCCAAUAACAAGAGUACGGAGUUUUUCCUCGCCACGGUCGUCGAGGAAGCCGCUUGCCGUUUCAGUGCAGUAGCGCAAUUAAAUCCAAACGAUAAUCGGAAGGACUCGGGGUACGAACCAGCGGCGAGUAGUACAAUGCUGACUGAUACGGUGGAGUUGACAGUGGAAAAUUCGAGCCCAAGUCCGCAUCUAAUGAGAGCAACCUCGGGGCCAUCUUCGUCUACCUCUUCGUCGCCACCUAGAGGAAUCUCGACUCUCGCCACUUCGACGCAAACCAAAAAAAAUGGCAGUGGUCCGAGUAGACACGAGCUUAAGCAGAUUAGAAACAUCGGUUCACUCUUACCGUUGCAAUUUGGCAGAUCAAGCACACCGAGUGGUAAAGCGUCAAUUGGGAAUAUUUCAACAACAAGUGUCGGUUCACCAAAUUCGAGCAAAAAGAAUCGCAAAAAUGAGUCAUCGUCGUCGGGAUCGCGUUUUAACUUGCGUAAGGCCACAAAAACAAGCAAGAAAAAGGGCGAAAAAAUCUCGGUCAAGAAGGAGCGCAAAGCCACCAAAACUCUGGCCAUCGUUCUCGGUGUAUUUUUAGUCUGUUGGGUGCCAUUUUUCACAUGCAACGUCAUGGAUGCCUUAUGCUCUAAGAUGAAAAAAGACUGUCAACCGGGUGUAGCGGCUUUCAUCGCGACCUCUUGGCUUGGCUAUAUGAACAGCUUCGUCAAUCCUGUCAUAUACACUCUCUUUAAUCCAGAAUUUCGCAAGGCCUUCCGUAAGCUCCUUACAUCUUAAGAAUCAUCUAUUUGACUGCCCAUCCCUUUUAUUGCUGAAUCGAAGUGACAAAUCGCUUUUAUCAGUAAGAGUAAUAAUGGCUGCGUAAAUUUACAAGGCUAGUCUUUUGACACUAAAAUCGUAUCUAUUUUUUCAAGCGUUCAAGAGUUUACGUCUAUUUCAAAAUCUUUUUAAACAUCGAGUACAAUAUUCAGGGUCAACAAAAAUUUAUUGUAAGCUUUUGUAUUUAUUCUGGAAUGCUACAAUAUUUUCUUCAUAACAUUAAAAAAAUUCAAAAGUUCAAAAAAAUUCAAAUCAGAAAACGCUUAAGCCGUCCUAGAAAUCGAAUUUUUUCUAGUUAAAAUGCAGCAAAGCUAUAUAAAUUCAGUUUCCUUGCGAUGCCAGAGUUACACGAAAAUGUUUGAUACGAAGAUGUAAAUAUGGAAUAACGUUUUAUACAUUAUGUUUACUACUUGUUUUUUCACUAUCACUGAUAAUUACGUAUGGUAUUAUAUUAGUAA